GUCUCAGGGUUAAAAUCGUAAAACCAUUGUUUAAAAAAAAAAAAACCCUAAUCUUUGUUCUUCCUCCGCCGUAUCCCAAAAACCCAGUUAACACAAAACAAAGAAAAAAAUUCGAACUUUUCUGAACCAAAUCAUUCGAAACCUUCGCCGCUUAAGCCUCGCAAUCCGAUUUCUAGGUUUCAAUCAAAAAUUAGAUUUUGGGUUUUGAUCUCUUAAUCAUGCCGAGGCAUAACAAAGAUGAAAAAUUUGUUUUUGAUGACGGAGAAGACGAGGACAGAGAAGAUCCAGUAGCCAUUAAAGUUGUCGAUGGUGAAGAUGAAGAUGAAGAUGAUGAUGAAGCUAAUGAAGAUCUUAGCUUGAAGAUAUUAGAGAAAGCAUUAUCGAGGCGUGAUGUUGGGAACAAGCUUGAUUCUGAUCUCUCUGAUUCUGGUGUAGUAAACACCGUGAUGGUUAAUGGAGGAAAGUCUAAGGUUAAAAAAUCUGAGAGUAAUAAGAAGAUGAAGAGAAAUAAGCUUGAAGCUGCCCAUGAAUUUCCUAUUGUUUGGAGAGACCAAGAUGAAGAGAAAGUGGUGGAGGAGGUAGUAAAAGGUGAAGGAGAGGAUAAUGAGGUUGAGAGAUCUGAUGAACCAAAAACUGAAGAAACAUCUAGCAAUUUGGUUCUGAAAAAGCUUCUUCGUGGAGCAAGAUACUUUGACCCUCCUGAUGCUGGUUGGGUGAGUUGUUAUAGUUGUGGGGAGCAAGGUCAUACAAGUUUCAAUUGUCCAACUCCUACCAAGCGUAGAAAGCCUUGCUUUAUAUGUGGGAGUUUGGAACAUGGUGCAAAGCAGUGUUCAAAGGGACAUGAUUGUUAUAUAUGCAAAAAAGGUGGACAUCGAGCUAAAGAUUGUCCCGAUAAGUACAAAAACGGGUCUAAAGGAGCUGUAUGUUUAAGAUGUGGAGACUUUGGUCAUGACAUGAUUUUGUGCAAGUAUGAGUACUCUCAGGAAGAUUUGAAGGAUAUACAAUGCUAUGUCUGUAAAAGCUUUGGCCAUCUAUGCUGUGUCGAACCUGGUAAUUCACCGUCAUGGGCUGUAUCUUGCUACAGAUGUGGUCAACUGGGUCAUACUGGACUGGCAUGUGGUAGACACUACGAAGAAAGAAACGAAAAUGAUUCUUCCAGCUUAAGCUUUCCAGAAAACAACAGGGAAGCCAGUGAAUGCUAUAGGUGUGGGGAAGAAGGGCAUUUCGCACGUGAAUGCCCGAAUUCGUCGAGCAUAAGCACUUCACAGGGCAGAGAGUCACAAAGUUUAUGCUACAGAUGUAAUGGAGCAGGACAUUUCGCUCGUGAAUGCCCCAAUUCCUCCCAGGUUUCUAAGAGGGACCGUGAUACAUCUACACCAUCACAUAAAUCUCGCAAGAAAAAUAAAGAGAACUUGGAACACGAUUCUACUCCCCAUGAAUCCAAUGGAAAGACGAAGAAGAAGAAGAAGAAAACACAUAAAGAAGAACAGCCCCAGACUUCACCAAGGAAACGAAAACACAGAGGCGGUUGGAUCACAGAGGAUCCGGAAGAAGAAUCUUUCCAAAGAGGAAAGAUGAGAAGGCCAAAGUCUCCCAUUACACCAUCGGGUUAUAACAAGUCACCCUCUACACAUAUGGGUCAUAACUAUAGAUCACCAAAAUUCAAUUCUGGUGGGCAUUUCCCGGGAUCUCAGUCUAGUAGGCAUCACUCGGGUCCUUCACCAUCAAGGUGGCAGCCUUCUUAUCCUCCUUCUCAUCAUCAUCAGCAUCAUCAUCAUCAUCAUCAUCAGCAUCAUCAUCAUCAGAACCAAAGUUAUGGAACUGCACCACCAAGGUAUGGCAGAGCUCACCACUAUGGCGAGUUUGCAGGGAACUAUGAACGGUGGUAAGUAUCAAUUGAUAUGGUCAAUCUAUUAUGUUUGCUGGGAUCGAAGGUAGCGUCCCUAGACCUCUUGUAUUUGAUUCGGGCUUUGGGGCAGCUUCUUGUUGUUUUGUUCUCUUCUUUUACACAAGUAGUUUGUUCAGUCCUCAUUUACCCAAGUCACUUGCUCAGAUUUUCCUUUGUUAUGUUUUUUUUUUUUUUUUUUUAAUUCAAGUUCUGAAGAGAAUUUUGUAUUUCUUAUCAAGGAUGAUUACUAUAUCAUUUAUAGAAAUUGAUUAUUUUUUUAAUCA